UAAUCUCACCACGUCAUACACAUUGAACACGCAACAACCACAGCCUGUUGAACACACUUUAGACGUUUGAGAAACAGCAAAGGUCAAUCAUUGAGCCUUAAAUAGUAACAGUUGUCCUUUUCUUGGAUUACUCCACCUUUUCGUCUGUGUUUUUUUCCGGUUUCUCUUUUCACCCCUGAGUUCCUCUCUACAAGUUGGUUGAAUAGAGGCCAUUCAGAGCAAUUUGUUGUUGAUUUUAUUAUACGGGUGUGUGUUUUUGUUUUGUUUUGGAAAAAACAUCAACAUAUAUUGUGACUGGAAAGAGGUAUGAACGUUUACCAUACCGCUGCUAAGGAGCACAUUAAGCCCUGGGAUCUCAACCUGUCCUUCCCAAAAAGGCUCAAGCAAUCGCAAGAGAUUUCCGCACUGUUACGCGAGCUCUCAACCACCGAGGAGUCCAUUGACUAUGCGUGGGUAGCAAAGGCCAUCCUCAACAGGGCAACAAACACCUUGACAGAGGAGCUCUUCUCGAAAACUACUGAUAUCACCGAUGACGGUGUUCUGGCCGGCGAGGACGAUGGUGCUCCUGGUGACGACAGUGAGGUAAUCGCUGGUGCUGAUACAGAUGAGCCAGCAGCGGAGGUUGGUGAUGAAGAGACUACUGGCUCUGGUGACACUGACCAUGGGAGUAGACCGAAUAAACGUCAGAGAACAGAGAAUGGGGCGGUCGUCAAUCCAAUGACAGGUGCACUGGACUUCCCAGGCUCCUUACCUUCGCGCUGGAAAGAGAUCCAAAGGCUAAGUGUCACGGCCAUCAACAAUGAACAGGAUUUGAUUGACUACUUCCUCUUCAAACAGAUUGCGAUACAACAGGUGAGACAAGCGGCCAUUGAUACGUGUGCUUUGUUUUCUUCUUUCAGGCUUGUUGCCAACGUGUCCUCUCUAAUGGCAUUAAAGGAAUUGCUGUUGAACAAUUACGCACUGUUGAAAUGGAUCCCAAUAUCAUGGAUCACACUAUCGAUCAACAACAGUGGCUGUUUGGCGAACCUCGUGGAUUCAGGCUCGCUUGUGGAUUUCAUCUUUGAAUCUGACACAUCUAUAACGUCGUUGAUUGGCUGGUUGACCAAGUUGCAAACAAAGCAACCGCAGUCGUUCUUUAUAGAGAAUUCAGAUGAGGUUGAGUCGCUGUUAGGAUUGACUUCGACCAGCCAUACAGCUGAUUCUAAGAAACAAAGUAAUAGAAUAGCAAGGGGAAAGAUCUCAGAUGACAUCUAUGUGUCUGAAGCUCCACAUCAACAGGUGAUUGCAGCAGCCGAUAUCAAACAACUAAUUGGCCAUAGAAAGAAGAAGAAAGGGUACGUCAUUGAAGUUGAGCUCAUCUCCAAUGGAUCGUUCGAGUGGGUAAGGGCAAGUGAACUCAAAAGAGUGGCACCUGACCUUUUACAUAAAUAUGCUUCAGAGUGUGGGUUGACUAAGUACCAAUAGCAGCGUAUUCCAAGUACAAAUAAAACAUGUUAAACAAAUAAGAAAGUAAAACAAUAAAACAAACUAUCUCAUACCUAUAUUAACGGGAUCAAUGAUUGAUUAAAAGUGCAUCAAGGUUAUUCUCUUUGAACAUUGCACCAUCAUCAGCGAGUGUGUCUAGGUUUAAAGGCCCAAUGACGAAACCACAUGGCUCUUCAGCAGUUUCGAUGACAAACUCCAGCUUAUC